GCUAACGUUAGUUAGCAAAACAUCGCGCGUUUAUAAUGUUAUUUCGCUUAGUUUCGUCUGUGUUGUGUGGGAGAAAAUACUGCGCUCCUGUCGGAUGUUAAACUGUACCACAAUCGUACCGAUCACUGUCUCUUAUCGUGUAAAUUCGACUUUUUGUGGACCGAUACAUUUUGGGUCUAUGUUAGCUAAUUUAAACAUCCAGCCUUAAAAAUGGCUCCCACAAUGCCUGGAAAGUAAAGAUGUGUUUACCGAUAACGCGUCACAUUAGUUACUCUUAAGGUCUGUGUGACGAGUAGCUAUAUUUAAGUUUUAAAACUAGCUAGCUGACGAUUUAGGCUUUAUCUUACGACGCGAAAACAAUGUUGCUAUCUAGGGAUGUGUAGUUGAUGUUCUGGUCACGUUUUUGAAUCAUGACAUGGAUAAUGGUCUUGCUGAUUCCUGCUGUGGUCAGACCAGUUUAUAACACAGGUCUGUGCAGAAGUUUUCAUAUCUAUAACCACAGUUUUUAAAAAUCACAGUUGUUAACAUAACGUGGUUAGAUGAAAGCAAAACUUGGUUAACUGCUAAAACUUCUGACGGUUUCAUUUGAUUAUACUUUUGACCGAAAAGCGGACCUCGUCACGUUCCAGAAAAGCCUGUUCUCAUUUGCUCAUUGGAAUGAUAGGGUGGGACUUUCAAGGAUGGAUAUCUCAAAAGAGUCAGUUACGGUGCGGAGUUAGCUUGCAAUAUGUGCAAAAAUAUAUAUGUAUUGAAUAUUUUGUAACAAUUUAGUAAUGACUCGGAUUCAUACAUAAAGUGAUCUGUCCACACGACCCUGAUGCUCUCGUGCCGAGGACUCGGGAGAUGGCAAGACUUUCUUUGAAGAGACUUUUUGUUUUUUGUCUCGGCCUAUCAACAUUGUGUUUUCUUAUCAUUACCAUCCAGGUGCUGAUUGAACUGGGGCAGUUUGAGGGGAAGGCGCACAAACACAAGCUUCACCUGAAGAAGGACGGGCAACAGCCUGUGCGAGCGUGGAGCUUCCAGGAUGCCAGCCAUUUGACACGCAUGGGGGCACCUGGGGGCUCAGACGGCCAGUACCCGGUCAUUGUGUGGUGGUCUCCCCUGACCGGAGAAACAGGGAGGCUUGGGGAGUGCGGGAGAAACAAGUGCUUCUUCACCAUCAACAAGACCUACCACAAUCACCCGUCUACCCAGGCCUUCUUGUUUUACGGCACCGACUUCAACAUAGAAAGCCUCCCCCUGCCCAGGAAAGCUGGCCAUCACUGGGCCCUGUUCCAUGAGGAGUCCCCCAAAAACAACUACAAGCUCUUCCACGCGCCUGUCAUUACCCUCUUCAACCACACGGCCACCUUCAGCCGCCUCUCCCACCUGCCCCUCACCACUCAGUACCUGGAGAGCCUGGAGCACCUCACGUCCCAGGCCCACCUCGUCCCGCUGUCCCAGAAGAACCGGCUGAGGAGGACCCUGGCCCCGCUGGUCUACGUACAGUCGGACUGCGACCCCCCCUCGGACCGCGACGUCUUUGUGCGGGAGCUGAUGAGGUUCAUCCAGGUGGACUCCUACGGGGCGUGCCUGCACAACAAGGACCUGCCGCCGCACCUCAAGGACUCCACCGCCAUGGACGAGAGGGGCUUCCACAGGAUCCUGGCCCAGUACAAGUUCAUCCUGGCCUUCGAGAACGCCGUCUGCGACGACUACAUCACCGAGAAGCUGUGGAGGCCCCUCAAGCUGGGCGUGGUCCCCGUCUACUACGGGGCCCCCAACGUCGGCGCGUGGCUGCCUAGCAACAGGAGCGCGGUCGUCGUCGACCCCGACGAGUCGCCAGAGAGGCUGGCACGGUACCUGAAGAGGCUGGAUGAAAACGACCAGGAGUACGAGGCCUAUCUUGAAUGGAAGCACAAGCGCGAGGUCUCCAACCAGCGCUUACUGAUCGAGAUGAGGGACCGCAAGUGGGGCGUCCAGGAUAUCACGCAGGAGAACUAUAUCGACGUGUUUGAGUGCAUGGUGUGCAACAGGGUUUGGGAGAACAUCAACAGGCAGAAAGAGGGUCUGACCCCCAAAACCUGGCAGGCUCGGGCUAGCCACCUCAGGUGCCCACCUCCCAGGAUGUUUGCCUUCGACUCCGGCCCCACGAGCAGAAGCUCUCUGAGAGCGAUGUGGGGGCCCAGCUAUGACCAGUCCAAGAGGGAGGCCAGAGCGCUGCACCUGCUGGCCGAGAGGAACAGGAACUUCACUGUGGACCAGUUCUGGAAGCAGGUAUUCAGUGACUGAGGAGAGGCUGUCAGGAUAAUGGAGACAGUCUUUUGGUAAUGGGAAGAAAGCUCUCCUCCCGGCUCUGUGGGCUGAUACACAGAAGCUGGCGCUUAAUAUUUCCCUGUUGGGUUACAGCGCUCCACCAGGCCUGAAGUUCCAUCCUGUUUCUGUUUUUAAUUGUGCCUCAUGCAGCUUCAUGCAGGGCAACUUGCAUAUCUUACUUGUCACACACAUCACGAAUUUCAGUUUUUCACUGAAGCAUACCUUGAAAUACCCUGCUCCAGAGUAGGGUCCAGGAUUUUAUCCUGUAACGCUUUGGUUACGAGGCCAGCUCCUUGCCCACCGCCUCAAAUUGCAAACCCAGAUUCUGUUUUACUUGGUCAUUAUGUCUGGAAUUGCAAUACCCAGCAAAAUGGUCUGCUUUCGUCCACCUGCUCUAUCUGUAUGAAGUGACCUACGAUUGUAUCUGCGGCUGCCAAGUGAUAUCUAACCCAGUGCCAAAUGCAUAUGAUUAAGUCGUAUAUAACUCAAAGGAGUAACAGGAACGUUGUGUUUCGAUUACUUUAUCUAUACAGAUUCAAUUUAUAUUAUGCUAUUCUUAUGUAACUAAUGGGACUGCAGUUUUGGCAAGGACAAACCAUUUACUCUAAUGGUGUACAUUUUGAAAUAUUUUAUACCAAGUGUUCUGUUUGAUGGCCGCAUCAGUGACAUUGCGGUGCACUAAAAGGGUCUGUGACAGCUAAAUUGCAUAAAAGGAACGUACUCAGAGACACCAAGGGUUUUGGAAUCACCACCUAGAUGGCAAUUACAAGGCUAAUAAACACAUUACGUCCAAACAGACGCAGCCGUUUUUGUUUUGAAAAGAACGACCCUUUGUAUCAGAUUCGCAUCGAAGAUUCUGCCGUGAUGUAGUUUCUGUGCGGAUGCUGUACCCUGAAGAGAAUACCCUGCCUGCUGUCAGUAAUGAAAAUGAUUGCAGUGCUUCUAAUAUAUCUGCAAAAUCCUCAAAGAUUAGUCGAGGCUGAUGGAAUGAGGAAACACAGAUGGAAUCAGUGGCCGAUUUUAUGCUUCCACCGCUACGUAAAAAGAAAGAGAACGUUUCAAAAAUGCGGUUGUAUUUCUCUGGAAGUGUUUUUGUGUGGUACUGCAUGUAUAUUUCUACUCAUAGCCGACCUCCGUUUGGAUGAAUUUUAUUGUAAAUAUGUGUAUGAAAAUAUAAACUGUUUUACAUUAAUUUUGUGUUGUCAUACUUCAGCGCUGACUUGAAGAGGAAAUAAAUUAGA